UCUUACUUUUCAGCCAGCCUCUCGAUCUCUCACAUCGCUUUCUUUCUUCCUUUCUCACUCACUCCACUCCAUAAGUAGCAGCAAGCAGAGUCCGUCCAGCUUUAGCUCCCUGCUCCCCCACGAUCGAUCGAUCGAUAACGUACACAAUGUCCAGAGCCCUCGCCGUGGCCACCCUCCUCCUCGCGCUCACCGGCGCGGCCGCCGCCCGCUUCACGGGCGCCUACACCGGCGGGCCGUGGCAGAGCGCGCAUGCUACGUUCUACGGCGGCAGUGACGCCUCCGGCACAAUGGGCGGCGCUUGCGGGUACGGGAACCUGUACAGCGCCGGGUACGGCGUGGAGACGGGCGCGCUGAGCACGGCGCUGUUCGACGAGGGGCUCAGCUGCGGCGCCUGCUUCGAGAUCAAGUGCGCCGGCGACUCGAGGUCUUGCCACCCCGGGAGCCCCUCCAUCCACAUCACGGCCACCAACUUCUGCCCGCCCAACUACGCGCUGCCCUCCGACGCCGGAGGGUGGUGCAACCCGCCCCGGCCGCACUUCGACCUCUCCAUGCCCGUCUUCCUCCGCAUGGCAGAGUACCGCGCCGGCAUCGUCCCCGUCACAUACCGGAGGGUGCCUUGCCGCAGGUCUGGCGGCAUCCGGUUCAGCAUCAACGGCUUCCGGUACUUCAACCUGGUGCUCAUCACCAACGUAGCCGGCGCCGGCGACGUGGUCCGCGCUAGCGUCAAGGCCACGCACACGGCGUGGCUGCCCAUGGCGCGCAACUGGGGCCAGAACUGGCAGUCCAACGCCAUCCUCGUCGGCGGGGCGCUCUCCUUCCGCGUCACCGCCAGCGACCGCCGCACCGUCACCUCCUGGAACGUCGCCGGCCCCGGCUGGCACUUCGGGCAGACAUUCGCCGGCAAAAACUUCAGGGUCUGAUCUGAUGGAUCGUCACAUCAACUCGCGCAUGAAUAUAGUAUAGUAUAUAUCUACUAUCUAUGAGUGCCUCUGCCUCCAUGGUGCGUAUUGGUAGGAUUUGGGAGUACCCUAUUCUGAUUUCUAAACAGGAUAUAUAUGAUCGAUCGAGUUGUUUGGUGAUCAGAUCAGAUAUUCUGAUGAGAUCAAUUGAUGUACUUUGUCUUGCUGCUCGUGUGUAAAGAGUAGUCGAGCUGCUCAAGUGGCUGCAGGACCAAAAGAAAAGAAUGCACUGUACUACUGGCUAUA